AUGAGUGACGACAUCUCUAUCCAGACAGCCGUCCAAAACGACGUUGAUCCGUUCGACACCAGCAUCCUUCGGAACGACGCGGGGACGGAUAACUCGGGCACCGACAUAGCCAGCUCGCCUGACAUUCGACUUGACCGACUGAGCCUGCACAAUUCCUUCGCUUCCCUGGACUCCGCCCAAAAUCGUGGAGCAGUCUCCAGCACUAUUCGACUUGGAGUGGAUGGGAAUCAUUCAGCAGGACCUCACAGAGCCUCAACACGACACAACGAUGUUUUCGCCAGUUUGGCAGAACUCGACGAUGAGAGCCCACUGGAGCCUUCCUUGGUGAGUCCCUACUUUGCGCGAGGCAGCGGACACACCAACAGAAGUCAACACUGGUACCCGCCUAUCGAGACGCCAGGACAUCGUUCUACCACCACUGUUACAAAUGACAACCUAUUUGACCGCUACCUUAACAGACUGCUCGUUGAUGACCCAGUCGGUGACUCGGACGUCUUCCCUGAAGUCCCAUUCGAAGCCAACGAACCCGAGGAGCAUGAAAACGUGGUCACUCCAACGGAUUGGAGGACCAAUUGUAAGAGCAUUCAAGACCGGCUGCGCAGCAUACUGUGCACAGAACGCUUUACAGACGUCUAUUUCUACAUCGGAGGAGGUGAGGGAUGGGAAAAAGCAGGAAGACAAGAAAGCAAAACACGUAAAAGAGACAGUCAAUGCAAUGGUGUGCUCUCCCCACGUCCACCUAUGUGUCCGACUUCCCGACGUUCGACUGCCUCAGCACAGCGUCGUCAGAACACUGAGCAACAGCGUAGAAUCACCUCAGCCAUCGCUCAGGCCUCCGGCAAUGCCUCUGCUGUUGCACAGACCACGCCGGCGGCCUCAGAUGCGGAGGAUUUGGAGACAGAAGCUAGAAAUCGGGAGGCGACAGUUGCAGAAAAGGCAAAAACACUGGCGGCGAUGCUACUCUCAAUGCGAGACACUGCAGACACUCCAGAGACACCAUCUUCAAUCUCCUCCUCUCCAACCUCCACUUCCUCAUCGCCCUCUGAGGUCUGCCCAUACUUCACUAAAACUACGAAUACGGCUGUGAUGUGUCACCUCUCUGACAUCUCAGAUAUCGAUAUAGAGUCGUUGUGUCAGAAGGAUGGAGGCAGAAAUAAGAGCAAAGAUCGAGCAAAAGUAGUUCCACAGUCGACCAAUUCGGUGACACAAUCAACUGCCAAGGAGGUAGCUCACAGCAAGGUGAAGCGGUUUGCUGCGCAUCGCCUUGUUUUGGCUAUCGCCUCGCCGGUCUUUGAAGCGAUGUUCUUCGGUGCAUUCGCGGAAGCCACAGGGGUACUAAGUACGAGGCCCCCAACCGCUACACCAUCAGUGGCUGGCGCAAUAGCGACGCCAGUGGUAGCCAUGGAAAUGCAUGUUACUGACGUUACCCCAGCAGCCUUUCAACAGUGCUUGCAUUAUAUCUACUACGAUGACAUGACCUUGACAGACACCCUUGAUGACCUCUAUGACACCCUUUACGCAGCCAAAAAAUACCUCCUCACACCACUCGCGACGGCCUGCAAGAAUCGACUCAUUAGCUUGAUGACGCCUCAAAACGUGCUUUUGCAACUGAAUCGAUGCUCCACAAUGGACGAGGAUGAACUCUUCAAGAUCUGUUGGCACACAAUUGACGUCUUGACUCCAGAAGUGCUCACUUCCGAGCACUUCACCUACCUCGAGCGCCAGACCCUGCUUAGGUUGAUCAGUAGGGAGACGCUGUAUUGCGAGGAAUGGGAAAUAUUUGAAGCGUUGAUGCGUUGGAGUAAACUUGAGUGUGCUCGCACGGGUAUUACUGACAAUACCCUCAACGUGGCUGGAGUUAUGGGGGACUUCCUUCCCUAUAUUCGCUUCACUACCAUGUCCCUGGAAGACUUCAUCAUCCACGUCUCCAAAUCGGAUAUUCUCAGUCUUGAAGUGCAACACACCAUUCUCCUACAAAUCGCCACCAAGAUGUUUGCGGAGAGCGAAAACGCAGCGGGGAAGGAGACAGCGGAGACGACGAGCAGUAUGGAGCAGGAGGGUGAGACAAAUAUAUCCCCGCAAAAACGAAAGGGUCCACAGAUUCACAAGUGCCGACGCUUCACACGGACAGUCGCACUCACCAGCAAGGAGGCCUACUGGUCGGACACCGAGUACGUCAUCUUCAAGGUUUCGCAAGCAGUGUUCCUCGCCGGCGUGGGUCUCUUCCGGCCAAUGAACAAGGGGACACAACUCAAAGUGAAGGUGGAGGUGCGGCAGUGCACUCUAAAUCAGAGCGCUGAGGUCAACAGCCCCAAUGGUGGCUUUCCAGUCACUUACCGUAGCACCGGCGUGUCCACUCUCAUCAGUGGUGGCAGUGGCCACCGACGUGGGCAUAGGCACGCGGGCAUCCAAAUGUCAUCCUACCUACGCUCUAGCAAUGACAGCAGGAGACGACGCGAGUCAUCUAGCCAUGGAAGCAAUGCGCACCCGAGAUUAAGUCGGACGACGGAGGCAGCCUCGUCACCCUCCACGACCAUCCCAAGGACCCUCUUCAAGUCUGUGGAGUCGCGCAGCGGAGCACUGUGCGCGCUGGAGGUAACCCUCAACUGUGCCCAGUCCACUAGCCCCGUGGUCGAGACGCGCUUUUCUCGACCCAUCAAGCUGAAGAGUAACCACUACUACUUGCUAUCGGUGACGCCGGAGGAGGGUCGAAACACACGUUGCUACUUCAGCAGAGCGCCUGCCCGCUCCCGUGUCACCGUACACACUCACAUCCCCUCCGCCACCUUCACCAUAGAUACGAACGACUCGAGCUUGAUGGCAACAGAGCACACUCCACCAACCUCCUAUAGACUCGUGAACUUCGAUUUCGCUUUCGGGAGUAGCAGUGUCAGUGGCGAUGCCAUCGGUGGUGGAAGUGGCAGUGCAGACAAGCACUUGGUGAGCACCCUGGGGGUUGUGGGCGAGGCGCCUCACGUGCCGUACAUCCUUUUCUUUCCCGUCUCUUGA